GAUCGUCUGGUUGUUUGGUUGUCCGUUCGCCUCCUUUGGGGCUCCUUCCUCCGAGUCCCGCGACCAUGCCGAUCCGUGCUCUCUGCACCAUCUGCUCUGACUUUUUCGACCACACCCGCGACGUGGCCGCCAUCCAUUGCGGCCACACCUUCCACUUGCAGUGCCUCUUUCAGUGGUUUGAAUCAGCGCCAAGUCGGACUUGCCCUCAGUGCAGAAUCCAGGUUGGCAAAAGAGCUAUUAUCAACAAACUCUUCUUUAACGUUGCCCAGGAGGAGGAGACUGUCUUAGAUGCAGAGUUCUUAAAGAAUGAAUUGGAUAAUACCAGAGCCCAGCUUGCCCAAAAAGAGAAAGAGAAGAAAGACAACCAGGCCAUCAUUGAUGCUCUGAGGGAUACUCUGGAAGAACGCAAUGCCACUGUGGAAUCUCUGCAGAAGGCUUUAGACAAAAGUGAAAUGUUAUGCUCCGCUCUCAAGAAGCAAAUGAAGUUCUUAGAGCAGCAUCAGGAUGAGACCAAACAAGCACGUGAGGAGGCCCGGCAACUCAGGAACAAAAUGAAGACCAUGGAACGGAUUGAGCUUCUACUCCAGAGCCAGCGGCCUGAGGUGGAGAAGAUGAUCCAAGACAUGGGAGUAGGGCAGUCGGCGACAGAGCAGCUGGCUGUGUACUGCGUGUCCCUGAAGAAAGAGUAUGAAAAUCUUAAAGAAUCACGGAAGACCUCGAGGGAGCUAACUGACAAGCUGAAGAAAGACUUGUUUUCUUCUAAAAGCAAGUUACAGACAGUCAACUGCGAACUCAACCAGGUCAGGUUGGAACUAAAGUCAGCCCAGAAGGACUUACAGAGUGCUGACAAGGAAAUCACGAGUCUGAAAAAAAAGCUGACGGUGCUGCAGGAAACACUGAAUCUCUCGCCAGUGGAUAGAGAAUCUGUCAACCGCCUGGUUUUGGAAAGUCCGGUCCCACUGGGGAUGCUGAAGCUUCGCCAGCCAAUCUUCAGUGAUGAAAUUGACCUCAAUGCUACCUUUGAUAUAGAGACCCCCCCGGCUCGUUCGUCUGACAACCACUUUGGUCUUGCCAAGAAGCUCUGCUUAGAGAAGGCAUCCUCUUCAGUUGAGAACGUUUCCAAGAAGAUAUCCAGUGACCCCUUACAGGAGUCCCCACUCGCCCAGGACAACCAGUGCUGCCAGGAAGAGCCAGAUGAGGACGAGGAGCUAGCGAAUGCCUUCCCUCUCUACAUCCGAAAUGUAGUCCGGGCCCGGAAAAAGCCCUCGAAGGACCGAAGCGAGCCAAGUCGCAGCACAGAUAGAAUCAGGACAGGCUUCGAUGGACUUGGAGGCCGGACAAGAUUCACCCAGACUGGUGACAUUCGUUUCAUCCGAUCACGUCCACCACUCAUAAGACCCAAGGCCAAGGCUAAGUCCAGGGGGAAAGCAAAGACCAUGCUCCCUCCCUCCCAGGCCAAGCUGGACAUGUACUUGUGAUAGUAAGAACACUGUCUCAUCAAUGGCCAGAUACACCUCCAAUGUGGAGACUGAAAACUGGCUCGUCAGUGGGUCUUUUAGUACCAGCCCACAGGCAAGGGUGGAUAAGAGAAUAAGAGAAAAUGAGUUCUAGAUUGUCCUUGCUCCACCCUUGCCUAAAAUAAGAUGGGCCUGUCUAUGGGAGCCAGGGUGACCAUCUUACUGUCUGGUAGGGGUGCGCCUAUUCGAGGUCCCUUGGUAGUUGUGAUCACACAUGGCUGGACUCAUGCUCCAGACCAGAGUUUUGGUUGUGUGAACUAAAGUAUUUGAGCCUUUUUGGGAAGCUUCGGCUGCCCGAGCUUCCAUCUCCGCCUGAUUGGCUGCUAGGCAUAGCCUGCAUCAAGCAUGGUGGGGAAUGGGGCAUGUUUGUAGAAGGAUUUAUAUAUAAAAUAAUUAAUAAAGAAUCUCUUCUUCCUG